GGGGCUAGAAAGAGUGGUGGUGGGAGGGAGCAAGAGCAGCAAGCGAGCAAGCGAGGGAGCGAAAGAGAGGGAAGAAUAGAAAUCUGUAUGUUGAGAUCAGGAGAAACGCUAAUGGUGCUGAACAGGCUUUAGUGGCUCGGAUGGCGAAGGUGGCCGUAAAGCAUCAAGAUGUGCAUGGGCUUCCUUGCUAAUUGUGGAUGAGAGCGAAGCAAGGAAGUACAUACCGUGGAGGCUACCUACCAACACUGGGCUUGUCUGUCAACCACACAGGAGAGGUGGGUUAGUGGGAGGUCUAUGACCCCCCUCAUCAUUUUCAUCUGGAGAAAAGAGAGAAUAGAGUGACAGAGAGAGAAAAUAAAAUAAAUUAAGGUGACAGCGAAAGAUAGUGAGCCAUCUCUCUCUUUAUUCCUUUCCCCAUUCCAAAAUCCAUUGCAUCCCUUUAUCACCGAAAUGUAGUGGCGUUCAUGCCGAUUGGAGGAGGAAGGGUCCCAUUGACUGUUGAGGCUGAACCCCUCUCUUCAGCCCUCCGCAGCCCUUUCAUUACCAGUCCCCAUCUCUCCCUCUCCUCUCCCUCACUUCCGACCGUUAUUUUCUCCUGUUUGUUCUUUUCAUCAUCCUUUUCACACUGCCCAGGGUACAGAGGGCAUUCCCUUUUUGGUAGAAGUGGGUGUUUCUGGAGCUGUCAUUGUGUUUGGUUCUGCUACAAAAGACAGCAGAGCGGGAGAGAGAGACAGAGUGAGCGCUAGAGAGAAAGAGAAUAGAAGAGGAGCUUCAAAGAAGAGGGGGGACCUGGGACUACAUGGAAGAACUAAGACCCUCUGGAAGGUGGAUUGUUAUAAAAGAGGAAUUGUAAAAGCGGCUGGCAACCAUUUUAUAGCGGUUAGAAUUUGCCACUUGCAGAUUAUCGUUGGAAUAAAAGGCUCAGGUUGCCGCGCCAAAACAUUGGUGACUGGUUGGUUUAUGCUACGUUCUGUUGCUAAGCAAGUGUCUCGAAACUGAAGUUCUUGUUGAGGAAAUACUAGUGUCUUGAGGAUAACUCACCCAACCUGCAACCAUGAAGGGGGACUCAGAGGAAAGCAUCGAGAGCAUCCGGCCCUCCAACCUGCAAGCAUUCGCAAACAUGUCCACUCUACAUGGCAUGAGCCACAUAUUUGCCUACGGGCACAUGACGUUUCGCCGCUUCCUCUGGACACUCUCGUUCCUGGGCUCGCUGGCCUUGCUGAUGCUGGUGUGCAUGGACCGCGUGUCCUACUACUUUGAGUAUCCUCACGUCACUAAACUGGAUGAGGUGGCGGCGCCUAACCUCACCUUCCCUGCUGUGACCUUCUGCAACCUCAACGAGUUCCGCUUCUCCCAGAUCACCAGGAACGACCUGUAUCAUGUGGGGGAGCUCUUGGCCCUCCUGAACUCCAACUAUCAGAUAGCCAACACUCACCUGGCCGAGCCCGAGGUGCUCGACGCCCUCAAGGAUAAGGCCAACUUCCUCAACUUCAAGCCCAAGCAGUUCAACAUGACAGACUUCUACAACCGCACGGGCCACGAUAUCAAUGACAUGCUGCUGCAUUGCACCUUCCGGGGAUCGGAGUGUUACCCAUGGAACUUCACUACCGAACUGAGCCCUAGGACCAUACGUCAGGACUACUGGGCAUGAUGACUCCUUGCCGUCCCCAGUCCACCUGGCCUUGCUGCUGUUCCAGUUUCAACUGUUCUGUCUGCAGUUAUGGAACCCCUACCUGUCCCAGACCUGCUGUUUUCAACUCUUAAUGAUCGGCUAUGAAAAGCCACCUGACAUUUAUUCCUGAUUAUUAUUUGACCGAGCUUGUCAUUUAUGAACAUUUUGAACAUCUUGGCUCUCUCUAAUUCUCUCCUUCUCUCUUUCUUUCUCUCUCUCGGAGGAACUGAGCCCUAGGACCAUACGUCAGGACUACCGGGCAUGAUGACUCCUUGCUGUCCCAAGUCCACCUGGCCUUGCUGCUGUCCCAGUUUCAACUGUUCUGCCUGCGGUUAUGGAACCCCUACCUGUCCCAGACCUGCUGUUUUCAACUCUUAAUUAUCGGCUAUGAAAAGCCAACUGACAUGUAUUCCUGAUUAUUAUUUGACCAUGCUUGUCAUUUAUGAACAUUUUGAACAUCUUGGCCAUGUUCUGUUAUAAUCUCCACCCGGCACAGCCAGAAGAGGACUGGCCACCCCUCAUAGCCUGGUUCCUCUCUAGGUUUCUUCCUAGGUUUUGGCCUUUCUAGGGAGUUUUUCCUAGCCACCGUGCUUCUACACCUGCAUUGCUUGCUGUUUGGGGUUUUAGGCUGGGUUUCUGUACAGCACUUCGAGAUAUUAGCUGAUGUACGAAGGGCUAUAUAAAAUAAACUUUGAUUGAUUGAUUGAUUGAUCAUGCCCAAUUCUCUGCUUCAAGCAGUUCUCAGUUGGUCAUAAUAAAGUGAAGUCAAAGCUAUUCUUACCCAAUUUGUGGGAGACCUACGUAUUGGUUCCAGUGCCAGUGUCCGAUUGAAUCUCGCAUGUGCCACCUAUAGUGAAUAAAUGUGUCACUAUGAACUGUAAGUCAAUUUAGAAGAUAAAAUUAUCCUCUUAUUUACCACAGACUACAGUAUUAGCUCCUUCAUCAGCUGACUAAAGAAUGUCCAGAAUGGAAGAGGUGCUGCUCUCAUCUCCCUUCCAACCCACAUCGAUCAUGGCCGUGGGAAGGUUCGCUGCAGUGCUGACAAGUCAAUGUCUCUCUCCCAUUCCCUCUCUCUAUAUCUCUCUAUCCCCCUCUCUCAAUCGUUCUCACCUCUCUCUCUCUCUCUCUUCCUCUCUCCUCUUUUCUCUCUCCAUACUGAGUCAGGUCCAACACGCCGGAGAGAGAUCACUCCACUGUAUAUAAAUGAAAGGAGAUAAUUGUCUUGUUGCUUUAUUAUCUGCUAGCUCUGCUGAGUGCUAUUUCAAAACUUCUCACGGUGAUGUGCCAACGCUCGUUUCAGGGGCUAAUGAUGGAAGAUUUGAACUCAUUCACAUGUGUCGUGCAGAGCAGGGGAUGAGUAAUGACAAUGUGAAGACAGCAUCUGUUUUGUUGGGCAGUGUUGCAGUAGGUGACACGACUGCUGGUGAUUCAUUAGGAUUAUACGUUGGACAGACUUGUUUCAUUUUUUCAUAAACAAUCUUGUGUUGUUGACACUUGGAAUAUUCUGCACAUAUACCGUACAGAAUGUCUUCUUUCCAAUAGUAAACAAUGUCUUGAUUCUUUGCAGCCCACACCCGUCAUUAACAAUUUCUAAAGAUUUUCUUUUGAUAAUAAUAAUAAUAAUCAAUAGAUUUUUGGUAAAGAACAGUCAUUAUUCAGGCUAGACGUUCCCGUUUUCAGAGCUCUAUCAUGCUUUCAAUGGCAGCUAUCUACACUACUAGGGUGUUACAUGUUGUUUGCAAGAUCCUGUAUUUCAGUUCUCCCAGUAACUGGCUGGUAUCUGCAUUCUCCAAUGCCAUGUCUUCUUUGGACCGAUGUGUUUAGUGUUAUCUGUUCUAACCAUUUCCCAGACUGUGUUGGGGUCUUGCUAAUCUAAAUUGCUUGAGUCUAAACUUAUACAGGACUUUAAGAUAGUGAAAAAGUCAAUAGUGAUGUAUUCUCUAUCUUAAUUGAGUCAUUUUAGGGCUGAUAAUUGUCUUCCUUGGUCAAAAUUAUUGGAAAAUGUGUGUGUGAAUUUUUCUGUGAUUAGUGCAAUGAGGUUCCUUAAUUGUUUGCUAUAUUUCAAUAACUAAGAUAAUAAACACAUAGUAAUAAUAGAUUUUUAUCAGAAUCAUUAUUUUUUGUCGCAGUAAUGUUGACAAUGGCAUAAACGUAGGACAUAAACCAAUACAUAGAUGUGAUUGUGAGUAACUACAACUUGUUACCAUACUGUUUCCAUAAUAUUUACACUUUAUUCAGUGCUGUAAUUUGAAGUUCCAUCUAGCUGCACAUAGUCUACCAAACAGCCGCACAUCAAUUUGGGCCCGAGCCAUGGAUGCGGUGCAGAGUGCCAGUUGUAAUAUAAUAU